AUGGGUUUGGAAAGAGGUAUAACACUUUGUGAUGGUAAGGGCAUUGAGUUCAGCAAAGGUUUACGUACAAUGGACUUAGCACUGAUGGUGCCUGUUAUUAAAAACGAAAUAGAGUCUGUUAAAACCGAGUGGCAAAAUGGAAGUAUAAUAUCAGUUUUGAUUGUACCCAUUUUCAUGUGGCUUAUUUCCCGUCUCUUAAGUUUCCAUCGAAGGAAAUGGAGUUUCGAGUACUUGAUUCGAAUAGUUUUUGGUAGCGUAGUUCCAGAAGAACCAGACACCACACGACAACGAUUAAUAUUUGUAGGAUUUCUUGUCGGAUGUCUUAUGUUUUCAUCGGUUAUAUAUUCAUCUAUAAAUAUUUUAUCAUCUGAUUUGGAGAUCCUGAUUGAGGAAAAUUAUUUUUUGUUGAUUAACAAUACUGAUGACGUUAUUCUGCAACAAAUUUUAAGUAAAUCUGUACCAUUGAUAUUCUCUGAAGAAUGUGGAGGACCGCUUGUUAAAAUUAUUACUGAAAAAUUUCCAUCUGCUCCUGGUGCAACGUUACUUGGUGCUGGUGUACCUUACGCGAAGCGUUUUGAUCAAGUGUUGCAGAGGUUAAUCGAAUCUGGAAUUAGUACGCAGUGGAUGAAAUCCUAUUCUAUGAGAAAGGAUGGUUUUGCUAAAAUUGAUAACAGUUGUAGUUCUAAGCAUUCUGAAUCUGCAUUAGUAAUGCAGCAAAUGGUAUUUAUUUGUGUUACUGGAUUUGGUUGGUCAGCGCUAAUUUUUAUUUUUGAGUCUAUCAUCGUCUGGAGAAAGAAAUAAUAUAAAUUCUACUAAGAGCAGCACAA